AUAUAUAAACAAACACUCCGCUGCUCCGUCCUGUCUCCUCAGAUACAUCAGUGAAGUGUAAAAGUCAUCUUAUUUUACUUUAUUUGUGCCAUAUUACAAUAUUAUUAUUUUAUUCUAAUGACGUUACUAUAUCUCAAUUUUCUCUGAAAACACUCAUCUGUGUAAUGAAAUAUGAAGAAAACGCUGGAGGACAUUGACAAAAACGUCUUGCCGAAUGCAAAAUUCUGCUGCGCUCCAGUCAAUAAAAAUCUGCGGAAGCUUGCAGCGCUAGAAUGUUUCGACAAAGGUGACAUCGAUAUGGGUAUUCACCAUCUCACAGAAAGUCAUGCAAUUGGAUUUCGCAGCAAAAUUGUAUCUCGUAUCAGCCAAGUUAAUGAAAUGCAAGCAGAAUUUCUUAGUCUUCCUCAUAUUUCAUUUGAUCCUGAUCUCAUAAACUUUAGUAGUAAAUAUGCAUCGAGUAACUAUAAAGGCCUCAUGGAGCGUUUGCAAGAAUUACCAGAAGAAUGGACAUUGGUCCAAUUGACGCAAGGCUUUUCCUCCAAAACACGUUGCACCCCCAGAGAAGCUGGAACUCCGAGCUCAAAUUCUGUUUUCCACAUCACAAGGUUUUCCUGUGGCCGGAACGCAAGGAAGCCUUGCUGUGUAACUCUACCAAAAGGAUCCAUCACAGCUGCAAAAUUAUCCUCUAUUUUUGAAAUCAUCGAAAAAGCUGUCACUCCCGUGUCAUCAAAGAAAGUCACUCCCUCAAAAAUGUUACGUGAAGCUUGCAUCCCUAACACGAGAAUCUUUUCCAAACUUCAGCCUCCGUCCAAAUCGACCCGUGAGGAGUAUGGUGAAGCUUUAAAGGUUUUGGUAGAUGAAAUUAAUUUGGAAUGGCUUCAACAAUGGAGAUGCAUGUUGCUGGGACAACUUUGCGCUAGUGAUCUGAAAAAAGAUAUACGGAAAACAGUUGAUAAAGUUCUAAGUAAAUCAAAAUUGCCAGAGAAUAGUGUCACCCUUUUAUAUCAAAUUAUGGAUGGCUCGGGUCAUCUAGAUUUAGGAGAAAUAGAAGCAGCUGUUUCCGAUUGCAUUCAUGAUGAAGAUACUCGCUGUGCAAUGAUUGAAGCUAUCAAAGAGUUCAAAGAAUCAAAUUUAAACUUAGCUGUAGCGAAGCGUUAUCCUGUGUUAUUAAUUUUAGAUGAGAUUUUAGAUAAAGUACCUUGGGAAAUGAUUCCAGUGCUAAGAAGACAUCCUGUCAGCCGAAUAUUUUCUGUUCACUUCGCCCAUGCAAUGUAUAAUAGGUUCAAACAGCAACUUCCAAUGAAAGAUGGAUGCUUUAUCAUUGAAAAACCGGAAGAUGGCUACUAUGUGAUAAAUCCAGGUAAAGAUUUGAGUAAGAUGGAGGAAAAAAUGUGUGAUUUUAUAUCUAGUCGUGUUCCGUCUUGGGAUGGCAUUGCUGGCAGUUUUCCACCAGAUAAAGAAUUUGCUGCUGCUUUAAAGAAUCACUCCUUCCUUUUGUAUUGCGGCCAUGGGAAUGGAACUCAAUAUUUUUCAAGUGAUAUGAUUUUUAGCUUAGAUGUCAAAGCCAUUCCUCUACUGUUUGGUUGUAGCAGUGUAAAAAUGGAGGAUUUUGGAGGAAGAGUAUGUAUAUCUGGUUUAGCCAUGAAGUACCUCACUGCCGGCAGUCCAUGUGUGCUAGGCAUGCUGUGGAAAGUUACAAGUAAUGAUGCUGACAACAUGUGUGUCACUCUUUUAAAUAACUGGCUUCCUGGAAAAUCCGCAGAAAUAGCAAGUUUCAUCUCGGGGAAAGUUGAGAUCGUAGUCAAAUCUGAGCCGGAAUUAUUACGCUCUCUGAGGUUUGCCCGGGAAUCUUGUGUCUACUAUGUUAAUUCUGCAGGACUUGUAGUUUAUGGAAUUCCUGUUAAAUUCUCCUGAAGUUUAUUAGCAUGUUUUUUUAUGAAUUCUCUUUCAUUUUUGUUUUAUUGUGAAUCCUUUUUGUCACCAAUUUUAAGAAAUUAAAGUUGGCAGGAAAGGAAGAAUGAAUCGUUCUAGUGCAUGAAAUUUUCUUCUAGGUUAAUUUGAAUUUAAUUUUUCUGUUCAUAAUUUUUUAUCCAAUGAAUGUAAUGGUUUUAUCUAUAGUAAUUGUUCACAAUAAAUUGCAAAAAUUCUUCGUUCA